AUGGAUUUUCAAAAGGCGAUAAUAAAAUGGGUAGAAAAAAAAAAAAGUUUUAAAAUAGGAAAAAAACUAAGUCCCAGAAAAUUAUAUUUUUUUAAAAGAGCUGCGAAAAAAGAUAUAUUAGCAAACCUUUCAAACAUUAAUGUUGUCAAAGAUAGUACUCUAUAUGUUGAUUUGUUUCAAAAGAGGAAAACUGAUAUAAAACAUGAAAAUAAAUACAAUAACAUAAAUUCUAAUAGUAAAAAAUAUGAACUUCUGAAUGUAACCAACAAUAACAACCACAGAUAUAACGAUAAUUAUAAGAAUCACAAUUAUUUGCUUAAAAUUAUAAUUUUAAAUCUGAAAAAUAUUACAUUUUUAUUAGGAAAAAAUGAUUUACAAAUACAUCGUAUAUUAUGUCACACAUUUAGAGAGGGGUUAACCUCUCUCCAUUAUGAAUUAAUUUCCAAGAAAAAUGAGAAACCAAAUAAUUUCAUACUCAAGUAUAUAACAUUGGAAUCUGUAAUUAAUUUAUUUAACUAUUAUAUAUAUGUAAAAAUAUAUUAUUAUGAUUUUUUAAAUACACUUUUGAGAUAUAUAUUUUAUAAUUUUGAAGACAUAAAAAAUGAAAAUAAUAUAUAUAUGAUGCCCUACAAAUUACGCAUUAGUUUUUUAAAAUCGUGUGUAGAUUUAAAAAUACAAAUAAAUAAAAUAUUAAAAAAAAAUAAAACACAAAAGUCAUUUAUUAGUUGUUAUGGAAAUCUUUUUCUUAAUUCUUCCUCAUAUUAUUAUUUACAAAAUUGUAUUAUAACAAAGGAUGGAUCGUCUUCUCUUCAUUCAUUAUCACAUCAGUAUCCUAGAAUUGUGAAAAUAUCUAACUAUCAUAAUAAAAAUAGAAAAAUAUGUAGAUACAAAGCUUGCGUAGAAUCCCCUUUAUAUAAAACAGGCCCAUAUGGGUUUGUAGACUAUUUCAUAAAAAAUAAUAUAAAAAAAAAAAAAUAUGUCCACUUUUUUUUGAUUAAAAAAACGUAUUAUAAAAAUUUAAAUUACGAAAAAUAUACGAUUAGAAAAUAUAAAAAUUCAAUGAACAAUUGUGUAGAUCUGAUAAAUAAAUGUAUCUCCAUUUGCUUAAAUGUAAACAUUGAAAAAAAACAAGUUGUAGAUUAUGUUAAAAUUUUGAAAAAGAAAUAUAUGGCAUAUGAAGCAUGGAAAAGUAUAUUAAGCAUUGAUAAAUUCAAUCAACAAAUUUUCGAUUUAUUAAAAAAGGAUAUAUCUUUUUUUAGUAUUGAUGAUUUGAUAAUUAUUAUGAAAUAUUUUAUAAAAAUCGAAAAAAAUAUGCACAAAAAAAAAAAAAAAAUAAAACAGCUAGCCAACUAUUUAUCAAAUAGCUACCUUAUAAAUAAUAUGCAUAUAAAAGAGGGAUGGAAUGGGAAAUUAAAAAAAAAUAGUCAUAUAAAUAAUUACAAUAUAAAACAAAUAAAAGACCUUAUAUCAAUAUUAUCGAAAUGCAAGUAUCGUUAUAAUGAAAAUUUAUUAGCAAAUAUAAGUACAUAUAUUUUAGAAAAUAUACACACAAUAAGUUCAAAGGAUUUAGUCCAAUUUGUUAUUAGCAUGUACAUAAUAUUAAAGAAUAAAGACAGCCAAUUUUUGUACCAAAUUAUGAACAUGUACAAACCGCCUAACAAAUUAAAAAGGGCAAAUAAUGAAAUAAACGAUGUUUUCUUUAAAAUAAACCGUACGAAUAAUCAAAUAUCAUAUAGAACGCUAAAUAAGAAUAAACCGAAAAAUAGCAACAAUUGUGGAAUCAAAAAUAAAAACAACAAAACUGUCGAACGGGAAAACCACGCUUGUUUAGAAUAUAAAAAGAAUGAACAAAAUGAUGAUAAAUAUUUUAGAGUGUUUGAAAAAAAUUUGAAAAUAAAAAAAUUAUUGUUAUUUAUAAAAAUAUUGACGGAUAAUAAUAUAUAUAUAAACGAAUCCUGGUCAGAAUAUUUUAUUUAUUUAAUAAAAAGAAAAUUUAAUAUCAUAACAAAUGAAAACUUAUUGGAUCUUUUAUUUCAUGUAUUAUCACAUAUGCAGUCUAGAUAUAUAUUUUCAGAUUUUUUUUUUUUAAAUAAUAUUAAUAAUAAAUAUAAUAUAUAUAAAAAUAUAAAUUUUAAAAAACUUCCUUUAUUCUAUGAUUUCCCGUCGCUUGUGCAAAUAGCAUUGUUCCUUAGUUUUCACAUUUACAAUAAAUAUACAUUCAAUAUGACUAGAGCUUUGAUGUUUACCAUUUUAGAUAUAUAUAUCAAAAGCUUUCAAAGAAAAGUUGACGCUCACGAAGAGGCCAACAAAAAUAAUGUCAACGUAGUCGGAAAUGAUAAUAGCACCCAAUCUGUUGAAUUCCCAAAUGUAAAAGUCAAAAGUAAUUGCACGGAUAACCUAGAGCAGCUAGCCAUUUCAUGUGAUCAGAAUUUUUUUGACAAAGUGAGGGAAAAAAAUUUUUAUGUGCAUGACCUAAAAAUAUAUGAAAAAAAAAAAAAUAAUAAAUAUAUGAAAAAAAAAGAAAAAAAAAAGAAACAAGCACUUAUAAAUAAAAUUAAUAAAAUUGAUGUAAAUCAAAUAUUUACUUUUGAAGAAUUAAAAAAUCAUUUACUUUUACAAAAGCAUACAAUAUCACAAGAAACAACAAUAACCGAAAUUAUUCCAGACUCAAGAAAUAGCACUCUUAAUAAAGAAAAAGACAAAUAUGUAGAAAUAAGAAAUGAUCAUAAAUGUGAAAAUGAUAUAAAUAAAGAAAAUAUUUCCUUAAUUUAUUAUCCCAAACAAAUGGAAAGUAUAUUUAAUGAUAGAGUCAAGACUGACCAGAAUAAAAGUUGCAAUAAUUUUAAUUUAGAAAAAUAUCUUUAUGCCGAUACAAAAGAAAAUAGAAAUAAAUCAGAAUAUUUUUUUAGUGAAAUAAAUAAGGAGACAAUAUUUUAUUCACAUUCAUAUAAAAAUCAUGAUGCUAAUAAUAGUGAUAAUUAUGAGAAUGAACAAACUUAUAGGAUGUAUAAAAAUAACAAUUAUUUUGAUAAAUUAGCAUUUUCAAGAAAUAUAAUUUUAAUAAUAUAUAACUUUAUUUUUUAUUUUACAAACAAUAGUAGUAUUUCUAUACAUCCAUCACUUUUAUAUCAAGAAAUAAUGUUAAAAAAAAUUUCAUAUAAAGAAUUAAAAAUAUUAUAUGAAGCUUAUACAAUAUCUUCUUAUUAUAUUAAUUUGUCCAUAAAUAUUGAACAAGUCAUGAAUAAUAAUAAAAAUGCAUCUUCUUCGAAAAUGCAUAAAACUAUAUUAUCAAGUUUGCGUGAAAUGAAUCUCAAAAAAGAAAUCAUAAGCGAAUUUGUUCUCCACCCCUUUAAAAUUGAUAUUUGCAUAAAAAACUGA